UGGCUAAAGCAGGACUUGAAUUCACAGCCUCCCACUUUCUGGCCUGAUGCCUUCACCAUUAGACCAAUAUGUGGUCGAAAGAACUGAAACUCAUGUUAGAGCCUAAUUUUCUGAGAGUGACUGCAGAGAAGGAAGAAGACAUUGGAAGACUGAAAACUGAACAUCAAUUCCUUGUAUUAUGUUCUCCAGCAUAUGCCUGAGAAAGCAGAAAUUAGCGGUUGGCAUUAUCUUACUCAUUAGCAUCACUAGUCUGCUAUGGGAGAAAUUCAAACAUAAACAGGUCCCGUUAGAAAAAAAAAUAACAUGCCAGAAAGUGAAUCAAGUUUUAAAAACAAUGUCUUUCUUAGUAAGUGCUGGAGGUCAGGACCCAUUAUUUAAGAAUGGAAAAUUCUCCACGGACGAGGUGCUAAGGUGGCAGCUGAUGCUUAUUCAGGAGUGUCCUUGGAAACCCAAUGCUACAGCGGUUAUGCAGCAUAGAGCAGAGCUAGGACAGUGCUGCAAUGCCUCUCAUCGGCUGGUGGUAACCAAGGAAAACGCACCGCUGGGAUCCACCAUCCAUUUUGAUGGUGUGAAAGUUAAGAUUAUAACUGUGGAUUCCAAGCUGACAAAUAUGCUAUUGGAGAGAUUUCCAUUGGCAGAUGCCCAGUAUAGCAAAUGUGCCCUCAUUGGCAACGGUGGUAUCCUGCAAGAUAGCAGGUGUGGACAAGAAAUUGACCAGGCUGAUUUUAUCAUAAGGUUUAAUUUGCCUCCCUUGAAUAGAACUGAAGAUGUGGGAACGAAAACACACCUAGUGACCAUCAACCCCAGUGUUCUUACUAAUAGAUUCAAAAACUUGGAGGGUCCUCCGAUGGCUUUUAUAGAUGCUGUUCGAGCCUACCCAAAUGCCCUUUUCCUCAUUCCUGCGUUAUCAUUUCAUGAUCAUAUUGAACUUGGCUACCGUGCUUUACACAUCCUAAAGGAUAUUGGCCUGCCCCACCAGGCUUUCUUCCUCAACCCACAUUACCUGCGUGCCCUUGAUAUCUAUUGGAAACAGAAAGGGAUGACAGAAAUACGUCUGUCCACUGGCUUCAUGUUCACCAGUUUUGCUCUGGAAUUCUGUGACCACAUCACUCUCUAUGGUUUCUGGCCCUUUUUAUUUGACCUAACUGGGAAGCCAAUCAAUCAUCACUACUAUGACAAUGUGUUGCCACAUCCUUUCGUUCAUAGCAUGUCCGAAGAGUUCUCCCGUUAUAUUGAUAUGUAUGCCCAGGGUGUCUUGCGCAUACAGCUUGGCAAAUGCCAGUGAAAUUUGGAUAGGCAAGACAGUCCCUAACCCAGGGAUAAAUCACCCAAAACAAGAAGCGUCGGUGUGUAACGCCCAUGAAUAUGUUAGCGUGGAAUUUACACCGGUGAAGAAAACAACCCUCCACUAGGAUCCUUCCAAAAACAAGACUUUGCGCACAACAUUCUCUUUUGGCAUAACAACAGCUCUUUGUAUCUCAAUCCAUCUAAUGGGCAGAAACAGCAACCUUCACACAACCUGGACAUUAAGGGACAAAAUAAGAGAACGUGCAAUUGUUAUGUUUGUAAAAAUAAAAAAGAAGCUGUUUUAUAAGUAA